AGCGCCAUGUACACACUGGUGUUCCUAAGCACGAGGCAGGUGCUCCAGUGCCAGCCAGCUGCCUGCCAGGCCCUGCCGCUGCUGCCACGUGAGCUCUUCCCGCUGCUGUUCAAGGUGGCCUUUAUGGACAAGAAGACAGCAGUGCUGCGGGAGCUGGUCCACAGCUGGCCCUUUCCGCUGCUCAGUUUCCAGCAACUGCUGCAGGAGUGCGCCCACUGCAGCCGUGCCCUGCUACAGGAGCGGCCCAGCACCGAGAGCGUGCAGGCCGUGAUCCUGGGGCUGACUGCCCGGCUCCACAGCCCAGAGGCUGAGGACGGCACGCAGCCCCUCUGCAGGAAGCACGUGCUGCGUGUGCUGGACAUGACAGGCCUCCUGGAUGACGGCGUGGAGCAGGACCCCGGAACCAUGAGCAUGUGGGACUGCACAGCAGCUGUGGCUCGCACCUGCAUUGCCCAGCAGCAAGGGGGCACUGUGGAACCAGGGCUGGCGCCUACUCCUGUGGAAGUUCGCGUGGACCUGCGUGUGAACCGGGCCUCCUAUGCAUUCCUGCGGGAGGCGCUCCGAAGCAGUGUGGGCAGCCCGCUACGCCUCUGUUGCCGUGACCUACGGGCUGAGGAUCUGCCCAUGCGCAACACAGUGGCCCUGCUCCAGCUCCUGGACGCGGGCUGCCUGCGGCGUGUGGACCUGCGCUUCAACAACCUGGGCCUCCGUGGCCUGUCAGUCAUCAUCCCGCAUGUGGCCCGCUUCCAGCACCUGGCUAGCCUACGGUUGCACUAUGUGCAUGGAGACUCCAGACAGCCCUCUGUGGAUGGCGAGGACAACUUCCGUUACUUCCUGGCUCAGAUGGGACGCUUCAUCUGCCUGCGGGAGCUCAGCGUGGGCUCUUCCCUACUCUCAGGGCGGCUGGACCAGCUGCUCAGCACCCUGCAGAGCCCCCUGGAGAGCCUGGAACUGGCCUUCUGUGCCCUGCUGCCCGAGGACCUGCGCUUCCUGGCCCGGAGUGUCCACGCUGCCCACAUCAAGAAGCUGGACCUGAGCGGCAAUGACCUGUCUGGCAACCAGCUGGUGCCCUUCCAGGGACUUUUGGAGGCAGCAGCGGCUACGCUGCUGCACCUGGAGCUGACCGAGUGCCAGCUGGCUGACACCCAGCUACUAGCCACACUCCCAGCCCUGACUCGCUGUGCUAGGCUCCGCUACCUCGGCCUCUAUGGGAACCCGCUGUCCAUGGUGGGCCUCAGAGAGCUGCUGCGGGACUCAGCAGCCCAAGCUGAGCUGCGCACCGUGGUGCACCCCUUUCCUGUGGACUGCUACGAGGGUCUGCCCUGGCCACCACCUGCCUCCGUCCUACUGGAGGCCUCCAUCAAUGAGGAGAAGUUUGCCCGCGUGGAGGCUGAGCUGCACCAACAACUCCUGGCUUCAGGCCGUGCGCAUGUUCUCUGGACCACAGACAUCUAUGGGCGCCUGGCUGCGGACUACUUCAGCCUGUGA